AUGGAUGUCCCCGAACCCGAACAGACUCCGUUUAUGGCAGUGACGGCACAGACCUCGAAGCUGAAUAGGCAAUAUCAAACCUAUCUCGACGCUUCGACUCCCUUCACUGCCUAUCGCUGGACUGGAACCGCUGUCCUCCUCCUCCUCUUCUUUCUGAGAAUCGUUGUUGCCCAAGGAUGGUAUAUUGUUGCCUACACUCUCGGGAUCUACCUCCUUAACCUAUUCCUCCUCUUCCUGCAACCCAAAUUCGAUCCCUCCCUCACUCAAGACGAAGGCCUGGAAGACGGCGAAGGCGCCGGUCUUCCUACCAAGCAGGACGACGAGUUCCGCCCCUUCAUCCGCCGUCUUCCCGAAUUCAAGUUUUGGCACUGGGCUACCCGGGCUAUUGCGAUCGGUUUCGUGUGCUCGUGGUUCUCUAUCUUUGAUAUUCCGGUGUUUUGGCCUGUUCUCGUGGUUUACUGGAUUAUUCUUUUCGUUCUGACGAUGCGCCGCCAAAUCCAGCACAUGAUAAAAUACCGCUACGUUCCCUUUUCGUUCGGAAAGACCAAGUAUGGCCGAUCGUAG